AUGCAAAGCCUGCAAUCACCACAUUUUAAUGUGAAUGCUUCCUCCGCACUGCCUCUGAUCUUGAUUGAUUUCGAUCAGACCAUCACCACACAAGAUACCAUCGGUCCACUCGGCAAAUUUGGGGUUUCUUAUACACACAAUCCAAAGCCAUGGUCAUAUUUUGUCGAUAGUUAUCUGGAGGAAUACAGACAGCAUCGCGACCAUCUACCUGAUGUUCCCAAAGGAGACUUCAAAGCGUUUGUAAAGCAAUUGGAUAGCUAUCAACCGAUUGAAAGAGCUUCGCAGGUACGCGUGAGCCAGCACAAGGUCUUUGAGGGACUGACUCGACACACACUGACACAACAAGCCAACGCAUUGCGAGCCGACUAUCUUCAACCAGGUGUCAUUGAUACAUUGCAAGCCUACAGAGACCAAGUGCGUAUCAUUUCUUUGAAUUGGUCCAAGGAUUGGAUCCAGGGAUUCUUGCAAGAACUUGAUGUGCCAAAGCAUCAUAUCUUUAGUAAUGAUUUAGAGUUUGAUGCUGUGUCAGACAAGUGUACGGGUAACAUUCUUCCAGCCAUCUUAACGGCAGGUGACAAGCAAAGGGUCAUCAACACCUUUCGCCAGCACUACAAGACCAUUUACAUUGGUGAUUCUUUGGGUGAUAUUGAAGCGCUAGUUGAAGCCGAUGUGGGCAUCAUCAUUGGCAAUGAUUCAUCGCUACUCAAUGCGCUUGGCGAGUUUGGACAUGCAGUAGAGCAGAAUAUCAAUAAACCAAGCACCUUGUACCGUGUGGAUGAUUGGGAUCGCAUAAAUCACCUUUUGCGCCAACAUCAAUAG